ACUCGGACUGCAUGGAUUACCAUGUACCUUCACCACUCAAGUACUCACCUCUACACCGUCAGACAUGCAUCAUAUCACGCAUCAUCUGAAAGACCAAUCUAAUCUGAAGCCAUACUACAGCGCAGCCACUCAGCACGAAUUCCUCACAGCUGCUGGUACGUUGAGCCUAUCUCCAGGCCGUCUUGCACUGUGGCUCUGUCAGGAUCGCAUUUAUGCGGCACAUGCAUAUCCACGCUUUAUUGGUCUGCUCAUAUCAAAAAUUCCCUUCGAUGGACCUGCUGUCGAAGAGGAAUUGAACAGAGAGACUCUCGCUCUGUUGACAAUAUGCUUGGAGGGGAUUAUUCGUGAGGUUGCUUUCUUUGAAGGGGUCGCAAAGGAAUGGAGCUUGGAUAUUAACGGUUGGAUGGAGCGGAAAGCACGCGAGAUUACACAGCUGAAAUGGCAAGGGUAGCUUCUGUUGGUUCGUUGGAAGAGGGGCUCGUGUUUCUGUGGGCAAUGGAACAGGUAUACCUCGACGCAUGGAAGUAUGUAAAAUCCUUGUUCCCUCCUCAAAGCGACUUAGAAGACAAUACUGCGAAUGCGAUCCGCCAACUAACAAACAACUGGACGACACCGGAAUUCGAAGAAUUUGUCCAGAAGCUGGAGGUUCUGGCAAAUAGGCACUUCGCGAGACGUCACCAUGGUCAUUUGCACUCAGCUGUACGUGCGAUGGAGAGUAUUUGGGCGAGAGUCGUGGAACUUGAGGAGAUGUUUGGCCCGAAGACG